AUGACUACCAAUCAUCUUAAUAGUCCUAAUCCUUACUCCUUCGAAAGACCAAUCAUCUUAUCCCCUCCUCCUUUGGAACAACAAUCCUCAGUUUCAUCCACUAAUCUUCCUCCAUUAACAAAUUGUACUUCUUCAACCACAAAUAAUCCAACUCCUCCAACCGUUGUUGGUCAUACUGAAAGACAACAAAGUGUAGGUUAUAACUUACAACAUGAGUUUGAAACUUUAACUAAUGAUUUGGAUUUGGAUUUAAGAAAUGCUAGAAAUCCUUCUUUAUCAAAUCAAGCGGUAACUAAUUUAACUUCAAAAUAUGGGUUUGGAACUGAUUUAGUUGCCAGUGGUACUACUACUCCUUUAUCAAAUCCAACUCAUCAUCAAUUGUUAAGAGGAGCAGGAAGUACGGGUGCUGAUCAACAUAUAUCUACUAUAAUAUCUCCCAAUCCUACCUCUUCAAGUCAACAUAUUUUAGCUAAUUUCUUAAAUAGUACUAAUAAUGGUAGUGGUAAUUCAACUACUGGUUCUGGUUUCUUACCUCCUCCAUUGGCUUCUAUUCCAAAUAGACCUCAAUCGGUUAAUGACUUUUCUAACUUUUUUACUUCAACAAGUACAAAUACUACCAAUAUGAAUACUACUAGUACUACAAGUACCACCAAUGCUACCACCAAUGGUCAAUCUCAAACCAGUACUAUUAAUAGUUAUUAUCAAGAUUUAUUAACUUUUACCAAUUGGAUUGAGAAUUUAAAUCCUCAAGAAACUUUAACUAUGAUUGAUUAUUUAUGUAAUAAUUUACCCGUUGAUAUAUUAUUAUCAUUCAAAUCAAAAUUAGAUAGUCAUUUGUCAUCUCAUGCUUCUGGUUUAGGUCUUUCUCAAUCUCAAUCUCAAUCUCAACAACAACAACAACAAUAUAUGAUGUCUCCAUAUGCUUAUGGUCAACCAAGUCAAGAAUUAUAUACUGACAUUGAAAAUUUAAAUAUUGGAGAUAAUAGAGGUAUAUUGAAUUCUCCACCUCAAUCUCAAUCUCAUUUACAUCAAUUGCAUCAAGUUUCAAGUGGUCAACAACAUCAAAUCCAUCAACCAAAACCAAAAACUAGAGGUACUCAAUAUUUAUAUCUUGAUCAAAAGAAUCAAAGACCAAAAUCAGCUGAUCCAUUAAGAUAUCAACAACAAAUCCAACAACAUCAACAAUAUAAUCAACAACAACAACAACAGCAGCAGCAGCAGCAACAACAACACCAUAAUCAUCACCAACUUCAACAACAGCAACAUCAACUCCAACAACAACAAGAUAGAGCUAAAUCUCCUACGUCUCAUUUAUAUGAAAAGACAAAUUUCUUACAAUUAGCCGCUGCCAAUUCAAAUUCUCCCAUGAUUUAUGAUCAUCAACCUCAAGGUGGUGUCAUUCCAAAUUUCCAAUUAAACAAUAGUAACAACAACAAUAAUAACAACAAUAAUAAUAAUACUAGUAUUGUAAGUAAUAAUAGUACUAGUUCUACUAAUCUGAAUAAUAAUCAAAAUAAUUCAUCGGAAGAUUUGGAUAUUUCAGCUAGUACAGCUAUGAAAUUAGGUGCAUUGACUACGAUUAAUUCAAGAGUUGCUCUUGAUUCAAAUAGGAAACAUGGUCAUCAUUUACAAGGUCAAUCCCAACAACAGCAACAGCAACAGUCUCAACAAUCUCAACAACAACAAGCUGCCAAACAUCAAUCAGCCAUGAGUCAUGCGAUGGCUUAUGAGGAUUCCAUUAAUAGAAAUCUUAAUUCAUCUUCGGUUCCUGUAAGUAUUCAUAGAGGUCCAAGUAUGGCCAGUACCAAUAGUAUUAAAUCCCCCAAACAUAAGAAGAAUUCCAACACUAAUAAUGUUGGUCCACUUUCAUUAGAUAGUAAGAAUAAUGAUAGUUUAUCAGGCAUAAAUUAUCAUGGAAUAGGAGGAGGAGCAUCAACUCCAUUAUCAGCUUCGAAUUCAUCUAUGCCGACUGAAGUUUCUAAUCAAGAAUUAUUAAAUAAUAUCCCGGCCUGGUUGAAAUUAUUACGAUUACAUAAAUAUACUGAUUGUUUGAAAGAUGUUCCUUGGAAAGAAUUGAUUGAGUAUGAUAGUGAUCAAUUAGAAGCCAAGGGUGUGGCUGCGUUAGGUGCCAGACGAAAAUUAGCUAAAGCUUUUGAUGUGGUUAAGAAUGAUUUAGAUAUUAAGUAA